CUACGGUGGCGCUCAUAUUGUUGACCAGAUGAGAGAACUUGAUCGCGGAUGUCACUUACUUGUGGCUACUCCUGGUCGAUUAUUAGACAUGAUUGACAGAGGACGUAUCGGACUUGACUAUUGCCGUUACCUAGUACUUGAUGAGGCAGAUAGAAUGUUGGAUAUGGGUUUCGAAGUGCAAAUCAGAAGAAUUGUAGAGAAAGAAACUAUGCCAAGAACUGGAGAAAGGCAGACAUUGAUGUUUUCAGCUACAUUUCCAUCUCCUAUUCAGAUGCUGGCUAGAGAUUUCUUAGAUAAUUAUAUUUUCUUGGCUGUUGGAAGAGUGGGCAGCACAUCAGAAAAUAUUACCCAAAAAGUUGUUUGGGUAGAAGAACAUGACAAGCGCUCAUUUCUUCUCGACUUACUCAAUGUGGCUGAUCUCCAACAGCCUUCUGCAGAAAGUCUUACGCUUGUCUUCGUCGAGACGAAAAAAGGUGCGGAUUUUUUGGAAGAGUUUCUGCACAAUGAAGGUUAUCCAGUAACUUCAAUUCAUGGAGACCGUAGCCAGAGAGAACGAGAGGAUGCAUUAAGACAGUUCAGAUCGGGAAACACUCCUAUUUUAGUUGCUACUGCCGUGGCCGCAAGAGGGCUUGAUAUUCCUCAUGUGAAACAUGUGAUCAACUUUGACUUACCUUCUGAUAUUGAGGAAUAUGUUCACAGAAUUGGACGUACAGGACGUAUGGGAAACUUAGGUUUGGCAACUUCAUUUUUCAAUGACAGAAACAGAAAUUUAUCCAGUGGUAUGUUGGAUUUGUUGAUUGAGGCCAAGCAAGAGUAUCCAAGUUGGUUAGAAGGUGUUGCUGCAGAUGGCAGGAUGCCUAGUGCAGGCAGGCGUGGUGGCAAGGGAAGGUACGGUGGCAGCGGAGGAGGAGGAAGCUUUGGGAGCAGAGAUUACCGUCAACAAUCUGGAGGAGGAAUGCAGAGAAACCAAAGAACCAGCGGAGGAGGAGGCAAUUAUGGCAGUAAUGGAUAUGGAAAUGGAGGAAGCAAUUAUGGAGGGAUUGACAGAGGAAGCAACUUUGGAGGCAAUUAUGGAAAUUCCAACAGUCGUGAUGACUGGUGGUAGAAUUAGAUUAAUUCAACAUUACAUAGAACAUUUACUACCCAUCUUUAGUGGAUCCCCGUAUAUCAGCAUUUCUCUCGUGAUAUUUUUCCUAUUAUGUCUCAUACAGACAUGGACCAUGCAUUGUAUGCGUUGUGUGUUCAACUGAGUCAGGGCAUUAGUGAAGGCCACAAGGCAAUUAUUUCUUUCCUUUUUUUUAAUUUCUGUCGGAGCACACUGAACACUAAACUCCUCAUCCAUUAUAACAAUAAAGCAUAAUAUUAGGUAAAACUAUUUAUUAUCUAUAUAGACGUGUUAAUUUCCGAUAGAAAGUACCAUUGACUUGAUAAAAUAAUAUGAAUCACUUUUGAUGUGUGACUUAGAUGGGUAUGUAAUAAAUAUAUGUUGUGUCUUCUGUUUUGUUACCUUGAGGUAGCAAAUUAUCUUGAAUAUUAUUGUUAUUAGUGACAAAAAGGUAUGCUACACCUCAUUGGGGGUUCAUUAUAAAAACUUUUUUGCCAAACAUUUCAAGGUAUUUGAAUUAUUAUUUAACAAAACUUGUGGUAAAUGAUGAACUUGAAAAGUUCUAACUUCACAUUUUUGUAAACGUCAAUAUAUAUCUAAGGUAUUCAAAAUAUCUAAAAAUUUAAAAACCAAUAGUCAGAGUCGUAACACAAUUCAGUCUUCACAAAAAAAUCAUGUUUAUGAAUUAAUAAACUUUCAAAUCUCAUGCACGGCAAGUUAAUAACUAAGUGAAUAUCGAAAAUACUUAUGUUGGAUUAGAGCUUCUUUCGAUACUAACAAGUCCCAAGUAUUGGAAUGAAUGAAUUAAGUGAAAUACAAGGGCUCAAAUAGCGUUGCAGUUACAGCUAUUUAGGGCGCUAAGAGUAUUCUUUACACGACUGUGAUAUUUACCGAUCUAUUGAAAUAAUCUUACUUGAUUAUUAAGCUGCACCGAGACGGAUAAGAAGCAGUCAGAGCGAAUAUGUCGCUUAUGCGAAUAAAUCUUAGCGUAUUUAAUUUAUUAAAACUUUGAAUUAAUAGAAAUAUGAAUAGCAAAUAAGGACUAAUUAUCUCGUUAGAGUGGGCACGAAACUUAUUUUUGUGCCUCUUCAGAGUGGUUCUCAAUGUUUCCAAAACGAAGUACAGUUAAACAUUUUCGAUGAAUAGCACCAAUUUGCAACAUUGGGGACCAUAUACGAUUUCUAACUAUGCGCUUUCUCCAGGUGUUUUAACUAAAUAUGUUGAAACAGCAUAAUCUUUAUAUGUACAUUUCUCUUGUUCUUCGUAGUUUUUAUUUAUAUAAGUUGAGUGAUAGAUUUUUUAAUGAUUGAAUAGAGUAUUAUGCUUUUUUUGUGUUCCAUUUUGAAGACUUCUCUGAUAUACGAAGUGAGUGGUCAUUUCUAAAGAAUCUCAGAUCAUGUUUUUCCAUCACUUUAACCUCAUAACACAUAACGUUUAAUUAAUAAAAUUGGUAUCAUUUAAAACCAUGGAAGUCUUGUCUUCUAUUGAAUAUUGAUGGUGAUGUAUACCAAUUAUCUUUCCAUACUAUAAGGAAAACUAUUUGAAAAGUUUCUAAUCUUUUAAACAUUUUACGUACAUUAUGCUCUGUCAAUUUUGAACAAAAUAUGUAUAAAGAUGUUCUAAGAAAUUGACCAACUAGAAUUGUUUGUGACUUUUGUUACAAACAAGUUUGUGCUUUCGUAAGCACAAAUUUUCAUUUUCAGAGUUGUCUUCAAUUUGACAGAAUAUAUUGCCUUAAAUUAACAAUAUUGCUAACAAUCUGUUUUUCUAAAAAGUAAUUUAGGAAACGAUUCUUUUUCAUUUCAACAAAGAAAAUUACUCGAUUCAAUCAUUGUCAACUCCCUGUGAUAUGGUUAGAAAAUAAUGUGCCUAUUCUAACUGAAUGUGCAAGUCACAUUCUGAAACACUUGAAAGUUUGAUGAAAUGAUAGAGGAGCUGUGACUGCAACCAAGUGAAUUGUUUUUUAAAAUGAUUCGAAUGGCACAAAUGUUUUUGCUUCAAUGAUAUCUACCAAAGUUGAAAGGAUUCGUGCAUAUAUCGAGUUGUUCCAAGAACGGACUGUGUUGAAACAAUUGGAUUUCUAUGAUGAAAGAGGUGGCAAUAGGCUCCAUCCAUAACUUGGAAUGUGAAGAGCGCAUUAAGAUUUUAAUGCAUUUACACAUUUGUUCUGUUAGAAGUGCUUCUACAGCAUUUGUAAAUUAAUAAAAAUAUUAAAAUUUC